CGCAGCCCCGGACCCUGCCCCGAUCGCCGGGCCCGCGCCAUGGCGGGCAUCGCGGCCAAGCUGGCCAGGGACCGCGAGGCGGCCGAGGGGCUGGGCUCGCACGAGAGGGCCGUCAAGUACCUGAACCAGGACUACGCGGAGCUGCGGGACCAGUGCCUGGAGGCCGGGGCGCUCUUCCAGGACCCGUCCUUCCCCGCCCUCCCGUCCUCCCUGGGCUUCAAGGACUUGGGACCCUACUCCAGCAAGACGCAGGGCAUCGCGUGGAAGCGGCCUACGGAGAUCUGCGAUGAUCCCCAGUUUAUUGUUGGAGGAGCCACCCGCACGGACAUCUGCCAAGGAGCCCUGGGUGACUGCUGGCUACUGGCAGCCAUCGCCUCCCUCACCUUGAAUGAAGAAAUCCUGGCUCGUGUCGUCCCCUUAAACCAGAGCUUCCAGGAAAACUAUGCCGGCAUCUUCCACUUCCAGUUCUGGCAGUACGGCGAGUGGGUGGAGGUGGUGGUGGACGACCGGCUGCCCACCAAGGACGGGGAGCUGCUCUUCGUGCACUCGGCAGAGGGGAGCGAGUUCUGGAGCGCCCUGCUGGAGAAGGCCUACGCCAAGAUCAAUGGGUGUUAUGAAGCGCUCUCAGGGGGCGCCACCACCGAGGGCUUCGAGGACUUCACCGGAGGCAUCGCUGAGUGGUAUGAGUUGAGGAAGGCUCCUUCCAACUUGUUCAGGAUCAUCCAGAAGGCUCUGCAGAAAGGCUCUCUCCUCGGCUGCUCCAUUGACAUCACCAGCGCUGCGGACUCGGAGGCCGUCACGUUCCAGAAGCUGGUGAAGGGGCACGCGUACUCAGUCACCGGGGCGGAGGAGGUUGAAAGCAGGGGAAGCCUGCAGAAGCUGGUCCGCAUCCGGAACCCCUGGGGAGAGGUGGAGUGGACGGGGAAGUGGAAUGACAACUGCCCAAACUGGAACACCGUCGACCCAGAGGUGAGGGAAAGGCUGACCAGACGGCAUGAAGACGGGGAAUUCUGGAUGUCCUUAAGCGACUUCCUGAGGCACUAUUCCCGCCUGGAGAUCUGCAACCUGACCCCCGACACCCUCACCGCCGAUAGCUACAAGAAGUGGAAACUCACCAAGAUGGAUGGGAACUGGAGGCGGGGCUCCACCGCGGGAGGCUGCAGGAACUACCCAAAUACCUUCUGGAUGAACCCUCAGUACCUGAUCAAGCUGGAGGAGGAGGACGAGGACGAGGAGGACGGGGAGAGAGGCUGCACCUUCCUGGUGGGCCUCAUCCAGAAGCACCGGCGGCGGCAGAGGAAGAUGGGAGAGGACAUGCACACCAUUGGCUUCGGCAUCUACGAGGUUCCAGAGGAGUUGACGGGACAGACCAACAUCCACCUCCCCAAAAACUUCUUCCUGACGCACAGAGCGAGGGAGCGGUCGGACACCUUCAUCAACCUGCGGGAGGUGCUCAACCGCUUCAAGCUGCCCCCGGGGGAGUACGUCCUCGUGCCUUCCACCUUCGAACCCAACAAGGACGGGGACUUCUGCAUCCGGGUCUUUUCUGAGAAGAAGGCCGACUACCAGGUGGUCGAUGAUGACAUCGAAGGCAACCUUGACGAGAUUGACGUCAGCGAGGACGACAUUGAUGACGGAUUCAGGAGGCUGUUUGCCCAGCUGGCAGGGGAGGACGCGGAGAUCUCUGCCUUCGAGUUGCAGACGAUCCUGAGGAGAGUGCUCGCCAAGCGCCAAGACAUCAAGUCAGAUGGCUUCAGCAUCGAGACCUGCAAAAUCAUGGUUGACAUGCUAGACUCGGAUGGCAGUGGCAAGCUGGGCCUGAAGGAGUUCUACAUUCUCUGGACGAAGAUCCAAAAAUACCAAAAAAUCUACCGGGAAAUCGAUGUGGACAGGUCUGGUACCAUGAACUCCUAUGAGAUGCGGAAGGCGUUAGAAGAAGCAGGUUUCAAGCUGCCCUGUCAACUCCACCAAGUCAUCGUUGCUCGCUUUGCAGAUGACCAGCUCAUCAUCGAUUUCGAUAAUUUUGUUCGGUGUUUGGUUCGACUGGAAACGCUCUUCAGGAUAUUUAAGCAGCUGGAUCCCGAGAACACGGGAACGAUACAGCUCGACCUUAUCUCUUGGCUCUGUUUUUCAGUACUUUGAAGUGAUGACUAAUCUGCCUGAAGACUUCUUAUGAAAGAAAAUCAGCCACGGACUAAGCUUCCACUAAGCUUCCACGGAGAAACUUUUUAUCUAGACCUUAAUCAUGGGAACAUUUAUGUAAACUGAUGAUUAUAGUUGAAAAUAAUGAUACCAUUUGAGAUAGAACUUUCAGAUAUCAAAGUAAAAGAUUUGCAUAUCAUUAUACUCAAUGCAAGUGAGUCGCUUAACCCUGGACAAGCUCAAAGCUUUAAAUCUGUAAAUGGUACCCACUUUGUACUUUUACACACAAUCCUGUUUAGAGCAAUAUUAAAUCAGGAAAAAAAUGCAGGGAGGUAUUUAACAGCUGGGCAAACAUUCAGUCAAUGUCAAAGGACACGAGGUCCUUGCUGGAAAUAUUGAAAGCAACUUCGAGUUUAAAAACGCUGCUGUGGCAGCAGCUCGGGGCUCACCAUUUCCCUUGAGUAAAAUGGAAAAUAUGAUGCCUCAUGAAGUAAUCUUGUCAAGGCAUCUGAAGAGGCCAGGUGAGAAUGCUCGCCUCUGUCACUUGGGUUAGACAAGAGACAGGUUUUCUAUAAUACUGACUGGUUAACAGUAAAUCUGAAACUCAAGUCCCUGAGUGUGCCUGGUCUUAUACAGUGUUAUAAAUACCGGAGGGGUUCUAGUCAUGGUCGGCUGAAGUGAUACACUGAAACCAGGCGGCGUUUGCAGACGAGGUGUGGCUAAGACAAAACGAGCUGUUUGCUGCCGGCUUCGAAACGUCUCAAAAGUCUCCACCUCUGGUGUUUGUGCCCGGAGUUGGGACCCGGCCUGGGAGUACGCGUGGAAACAAAACGUGUUCCUUGGCUUUACUUUCUGAAAAUUCUAACAUUAUAAAAAUAUUGCCUUGUUGCCUUACCUUCUACCGAACGUACUGUUAAUAAAGAGUCUCCCAGGCAACCA